GGAAAUCCGGAUCCGGAGAGGCUGAAAGGCGGAAGUGGAGGCCGGAGCCUGGGACACCGCCGGGGGGGAGAACUGCGGAGCCUGUCCGAGCCCCGGCCCCAGUUGGAGACCCCCUCCCCACUAAGUGCCUCUUUGCCCAGCACUGGCCCCUGCCCCCACGCUCACUGGUACCACUACAGCCGGACGGGCCAUGGCGGGUCGGGGAGGUGCAGCGCGACCCAACGGACCAGCUGCAGGAAACAAGAUCUGUCAAUUUAAGCUGGUCCUGCUGGGGGAGUCUGCAGUGGGCAAAUCCAGCCUCGUCCUCCGCUUUGUCAAGGGACAAUUCCACGAGUACCAGGAGAGCACAAUUGGAGCGGCCUUCCUCACACAGACUGUCUGCUUGGAUGACACAACAGUCAAGUUUGAGAUCUGGGACACAGCUGGACAGGAGCGGUAUCACAGCCUGGCCCCCAUGUACUAUCGGGGGGCCCAAGCUGCCAUCGUGGUCUAUGACAUCACCAACACAGAUACGUUUGCACGCGCCAAGAACUGGGUGAAGGAGUUACAGAGGCAGGCCAGCCCCAACAUCGUCAUCGCACUCGCGGGUAACAAGGCAGACCUGGCCAGCAAGAGAGCCGUGGAAUUCCAGGAAGCACAAGCCUAUGCAGACGACAAUAGUUUGCUGUUCAUGGAGACAUCAGCAAAGACUGCAAUGAACGUGAAUGAAAUUUUCAUGGCAAUAGCUAAGAAGCUUCCCAAGAACGAGCCCCAGAACGCAGCUGGUGCUCCAGGCCGGAACCGAGGCGUGGACCUCCAGGAGAACAACCCAGCCAGCCGGAGCCAGUGCUGCAGCAACUGAGCCCCCUUGCCUACCCACUGCCCCCACUCCCUCUGCCUGAACAACCCGACUGGAAUCCACUCUAACCAAUCGCACUUAACAACUCGGGCCACCGCUGGGGGGGGCAGAGGGAGGGGUCCACCAUGAUUUCUCCAUAUAAUUUUGAUCAUAGGCCGGAGUGAGUUAUUCCACCUGCACCUUUCUGUACAAAUACUAAUUCAAUUUUAA